GGAAGCAGAAUAAGCCCUCAUACCGCCAUAAAUCUAACGUCAAUGAAAAGAGAGGUAACCCGCCGAUUCAUCCAACAUCAAACAAGUCUUCGUCCGAUAGACACAACAGACGCUAUAUGUCUGGGCACCCUAAAAAUAAGUCGAAGCCCGACGGGCAGGCAUACACCUACCCCGACACAACUUUCCAAUCUAGGGCUACUAUAGACAAAAGUUUGAUCCAGGGACCUCUACAACAAGGAACAAGUGCGCUAGGCAUGUUUCCUAAAGGUGGCCUUUUGACUCACCACAUCCCCGAAAACCAUCGCAUACAGACCACCCAAGACCGUCAAUGGACUAAUAUUUACGAAAAUAACUUAAACACACAAAAUAUUAGUCAUAACUGCGAUACACGUAACUCUACCCCAGCAUACUAUCCACAAGGAAUACCUACCUCCCCCCCAUCCAAUCUAAAUUUUCUCAGCCAACACGAAAUUUCAGCCUCAAUAUUGACGCAAAUAGCACACAUACUGUCAAGCCACCUAUCACCGGAUGGGAGGGCGAUGCAUUGGAGGCACGGUAUAAUGAACACCUCACACCCGCCGGGGUAACAAACGAUGGCACAUCUCUCUGUGCUGAUACUGGUGUAGGGCACUUUUCCAGCACUGCUAGUAAGUGGCCACCAUCUGAGUUAGCACCCAUCAAACAAUCUGUUCUAGACGCCAUAAACCUUGGAGAGAAUAUUUUUAAAGAUAUAUGCGAUUUCACCGUCACCCCUAACUCUCUCUCAUUCUGUCUUAUCAAUGCUCGCUCCUUACUCAACAAAAUGUUCGACUUCACGACAUUAUCCCUAAUUUGCAAUCCGUCUCUCAUAAUGAUUACUGAGACAUGGUGCACUCCUCAGAUUUGCGAUAAAGAUAUUUCUAUUGAUAACUAUUAUGUAUUCAGAGGCGACAGAAACUAUGGUAGAGGAGGAGGAUGUGCUAUGUAUAUCAGGUCUGAUAUUAAGGCCACACAGUGCUUCUACCCAGAGCUCAUCACAGAUAACGAUUCAGUGUGGGCUAUUCUAAGACUGUCUCACUCCAGUUCCUAUCUUAUAGGUUGCAUCUAUCACCCCCCGUGCUCAACCGUUGAAGGUAAUAUGAAGCUUGCUAGCACGUUCGCUUACGCCACUUCACUACCUC